AUGGCAAUGCCCCAUCCACUUCUCGACGAUGUCAGAGAUGGCCGGAUUAACGCCUCUGGCAAAGUAUCGCCAUACACGAGACUUCAACAGAUUGAAGGAAUAGCACAAAUUCCACUAGAAGAGCCAGGCUGGCUUUUGAAGGUCGAUCUCGAGAUACCGGAUUUCGACCUGCCUCGCGAAAUAAGCAGAACCAUUCGUGUACCAAAGGACAUAACUUUCCACCAACUUAAUGGAAUCCUUGUCAGAGCGCUGGGUUGGAGCAGCCUGUACCGUGAGCGUAAAAUCUGGGGCAGCGAUAAGGACUAUCGAUUCAUUUUGUGGGACGAUCAGGUCGAGGUCAGCCUCGAACCAAAAGAGGUCCUGGUAGCUGACCGUGACGUCUACAAUCCCGACUGGAAGAUCAGCAAGACUCGAAGAUUGAUGCAAGUGUUCGGUGGAAGCCGUAUCUGGCCAGAGGCCCCGAGAAGAAUAGACUACGAGUUGCAGUUUGGUGUGAAUGCGCCCUUUUGGGUGUAUUCCCUUGAAUUGCUAGGCGAGACAGAUUUGUGUCAUAAUGAUCGGCCUGGCCAGGAGGUUUUCUGUCUAGAUGGCGUAGGCUACCCGGAAGCGUCGGACUUGGAGGAAGAUGGCCUCGAUUUGGUAGAGCUGGAGACACUUCGAGACAGAUUUGACGUUGAAUUUGUCAAUAAUCGUCUUGAAGGCUGGUGCAGAUCGUGGCGCAUGCAGCAACACAAGACGAAACGCUGA